CGAUAAUAUAUAUAAUUUUAGAAAAUAUCGAUAGUAUCGAAUGUUAAUAUAGAGGUUAGAAUACAUCAAGUAAACAAAAUAAGCGUAUUAAAAAAUAUAUAUUCUUAAAAGAUAUAUAAUAAGAGAAUGUUAUUUAUAUUAACAAAAUGACAGACGAAAAAACACAAACACAAGAAUUUAAAUUAGAUCCAGAUUGUGAAUUACGAUUUGAAGUUGAAACGAAAAAUGAAAAAGUUACGUUAGAGUUAAAAAGUGGAUUAGCAGAAGUUUUUGGUACAGAAUUAGUAAAAGGAAAAAAAUAUGAAUUUACAGCUGGUGCAAAAGUAGCUGCAUUUACUUGGCAAGGCUGCACAGUAGAAUUAGUUGGCAAAACUGAUGUAAGUUAUGUUGCAAAAGAAACACCAAUGGGCCUUUAUUUAAAUUGUCAUGCUGCAAUGGAAAGGCUUAGAGAAGCUGCAGAAAAAGAAGACACUAGAGGUCCAAUAACAAUGAUUGUUGGUCCUUGUGAUGUAGGAAAAUCAACUCUUUGUAGACUUUUAUUAAAUUAUGCAGUUAGAAUGGGUCGUAGACCAAUUUUUGUAGAUUUAGAUGUUGGUCAAGGUCAUAUAGCAAUACCGGGUACUGUUGGAGCAUUACUAGUUGAACGUCCAUCUAAUGUAGUUGAUGGUUUCAGCCAACAAGCACCUUUAGUCUUUCACUUUGGACAUAAAUCUCCACAAGCCAAUGUUGCUCUUUAUAAUCUUCUUGUAACACGAUUAGCAGAAGUCUGUUCUGAUAGAUUGCAAGCAAAUAAAAAAGCCAGAGUUUCAGGAAUUGUAAUAAAUACUUGUGGUUGGGUAAAAGGAGCUGGAUAUAAAUUAUUGACACAUGCUGCUCAAGCUUUUGAAGUUGAUGCAAUUCUAGUACUUGAUCAAGAAAGACUCUAUAAUGAACUUGUUAGAGAUAUGCCAGACUUUGUUAAAGUUGUAUUUUUGCCAAAAAGUGGUGGAGUUGUAGAAAGGAGUCAAACUCAAAGAACAGAAGCCAGAGAUCAAAGUGUUAGAGAAUAUUUUUAUGGAUCUAGAAUGCCACUUUAUCCACAUAGCUUUGAAGUGAAAUGGAAUGAGGCUAGAUUAUAUAAAAUUGGAGCUCCAGUACUUCCUGCAUCUUGUAUGCCACUUGGAAUGAAAGCAGAAGAUAAUUUAACAAAAUUAGUAGCUGUUACACCUGGACCAAAUCUUCUUCAUCACUUAUUAUCUGUUUCAUUUGCUGAUUCACCAGAAGAUGAUGUAGUACAAACUAAUGUUGCUGGAUUUGUUUGUGUGACUAAUGUUGAUAUUGAUAGACAAACAUUUACAGUUUUGAGUCCACAACCAAGACCUUUACCAAAUACAGUUUUNAAUUUAAUAUUUCAAAUCUUUAUUCUUUUAAUGCUUUAUAUAAAUUGUAAUUUAUAUAAAAAAAUAUUAAUAUUAUAUUAUAAUAUUUUUCUUUUUGAGAGAAGAUUUCGCGAAAUAAUUUAUGAAAUUCAACGAAAUACAAAAGAGUUAGAUAAUUUAGAAAAAGAACGUCUUUUGAUAAGUGAAGAACUUUGUUCAAAAAAUUCUCUUUUACAAAAUGAACGAAAAAUAUCGAAUGAAUUAAGAAUUCGUUUAAAAUCAGCGUCAGAAGCAAUUAAUCGUUUAGAAGAAGAAAAAAUGCAUGAUAAAAUUAAUUAUUUAAAUUUAUCAGUAAAUUAUGAAAAUGUGCUUAAAGAACGCGAAAUUUUAACAAAAGAAACUUUAUUUUCUCAAACAAAAGCUGCAAAAUUUCAACUUAAAAUUGAAAGUUUGGAGUAUAUAUUGCAACGAGAAAUUCAACAAAAAGAAAAACUAGAACAAACACUAAUAGAAUUAAAAAAUAAUAGUGAAAAGAUCAUUACUAAUAUUAAUAUGAAUAUGGCUAAAAUUGAAAAAGAGCAGAAAUAUCUAUUAGAAAGUACCAAAACUAUAAUCCAAUUAAAUAAACGUUUGCAAACUUUUGGUCUAUGUUUUCAUGCAAUUAAUCAAAAAAACAAAGUCGAUAUAAAAAAUUUACAACAUAAACUAAUUACUUUUUCUGUUAACAAAUUUAUGCAAUCAUCUAAUACUAACACAAUAUAUCCGGAAAUAGAAAAUCUGCAUUCUAAACUAAAAGAAAUGUUGAUGGAAUUAAAAUUAAAAAUACAAAAUGUUGCAUUAUAUGAAGAAAAAUUGAAUAUUAUAUUCAAUGAAUUAUCCAUAAAUUUAACACAAAUACAACAAUAAUCUAUGAC